AUGUCUUUCCGAGAGCUGCUGGAGGCGGCCAUGGGCACCGCGCAGGAUCUACCGCAGGACGAAGUGGGUCGCAUCGACGCUCAGAUGGAUAUGCUCGAUGCUGAGUAUGAGCAAUCCGACGGCCCUGAUGAGAGUGACGAUGCGUAUGUUCCACCGUCAAGUGAGGAGGACAAUUACGGUGUCGAGGUAGAAGAGGAAGAAGACUCCGAUAUUGAGCGUCAAUUGUGGGGGAAAUCUCGCAAGCGUAGACGAAGUAAAGGUGGAGUGGGCAGACGACGUCGAAGGCGCGGACAUACGGGCAAGCGCAGCGUUACAGCUACAAAAGUGCCGCCAGAGCUCGCGAAUGUGCUGGGUGAAGCUAACAUGUUGUACGCAUCCCACCAAUAUGAUGAGGCUAUAACGUUACUCAAGGCCUUUAUAAAAAAGGCCCCGACUAUCCCAGACCCGUACCAUACACUGGGUAUGAUUUAUGAAGACAGACAGGACCGAAUCAAAGCCCUUCAAUUCUUUUUAAUUGCGUGCACGUUAACGCCCCAGGACGCAGAACUUUGGAAGCGCGUGGGACGCAUUGCAAAAGAUGAACAGAAUUUUGAUCAGGCGUUGUUUUGCUUUAAGAAGGCGAGCAGUGCAGACCCGAAAGACAAAGAAGCUUUAUUUAGUUAUGCCGAGUUGAGUCGAGAGCAAGGUGAUAACCGUCGAGCUGCCGAAGUGUUUAAGAGGCUAACAGCUCUCAUUCCAAACGAUUUGUCUUUGUGGAUCCAAAUCGCUGAAGCAUAUCAUUGCAACGAUCAAGACGAAGAAGCUGUAGAUGCACUUAAAAGGUGUAUCGAGAAUGCAGCAAUAUUGGACUCAUCGCAGAAUAUGCACGCGUCAAAAUACGAGCUAAAUGCUGUAAAUAUGCUUGCAGACUUGUACAUCACGCUGAAAAAAUAUCGGGAGGCUAUUGAUGUGAUUCAUCAGCUGCACUUACGAUACGCCUCAGCUUCAGACUCAGAACAAGUGGAAGGUGACCCAGGUGGCUUGCCACUCGAUAUUGCCGUAAAGUACGGUAUCUGUCACUUGUUCGAACGGGAUUUCGCCACGGCUGAAUCCAUGUUCACGCAUUUAUUUGCGCAAGAUGUGCAAGUUUUUGGCGAUUUGUAUCUUGACGUGGCUGAUGCUUACAUUGCGCUAGGUCAGGACCGAGAGGCUGCAGCGAUUCUACAGCAGCUACUAAGCUGUCCAGAAUUUUCAGUUGAGCAGAUUUGUAGUAAGUAUGCCGCAUGCCACGACCGCUUGGGAAUUUAUGACGUCGCUGUGGAAUAUUAUAAAAAGGUGUUGGUUUACCAAAGCUCCUCACUGGAUUUAAGUGUCGACCCAGAGUUGAUGCUGCAGGCUAUGCAAGCCACACGGAAAAAUAAUCGUCCAUUAGAGGGUAUCGCUUUGCUUAAUGAAUAUCUUCCUGAGACGAUGCGUCCGCCUAUUCGGCCGUACUGGAUCAAUACCUCUCAAAAAAGUAAAGGCCAACAUGUGGGCUCAAGACGUGAUGACGAAACCGAUAAAGGCGCAAAGAUUGGCGACGAUACUCAUGACCCGUCCUUGUCAGUUGAUGCGAUGGAUAAUGGUAUACGCUUAAAGCUUUUAAUUGAGUAUGGCCACUUGAAAAAGUUAUCUGGUGAGGCCGAAGUGCUGUGUCAAGUUGGCAUCCCAAUUAUCCUUACUUCUCUUAGCCAGACGUCUAUUCGAUUAUCUGGUCGCGCAAAGAAUCCACUGGCUGAACCUCAAGAUGUCAUUACUGAAAGCGAUGCACAGUCUAUGGGCUUCCAAGUUUUGAAGUCAGAGUACUUAGUUGACAUCACAGAUUUGAACCAAUGCGAAUCCUUCAUGGGUAUUGUCAUGCGUGUGGCGCAGCAAAUUGUAAUUUUGCGUGCAAUCGGUGAAGAACAGUACUACAACUUGGUAAUUGAUGUGGCCCGGACACUUACUGAGCGUGGCAAGUACGUGGCCGCAAUCGAGUUACUGACGGACGUUAACACAUCCGAUAAGAUUGCUAAACCUACGUUGCGAUUCGAGUUGCGCUUCUUAGCUCUCGUCAUCGCUCUUGAGUUUAAGGAAAAUCGCAUGGCAUACGAGUGUGCGCGCUUAAAUAUUAUGGAGGAUCCUCAAAAUCUUGGCUACUGGAAUCUUUUUUCGCGCGUGAUCGCUAUCACAGGUGUAUUUUCGUGGCAUCAAAAGUUUUUAGCAAAGUUGCUGCAUGACGAUCCUGAAAGCUAUCCCGCCAUUUUACUUGCUGGCCACCAGUCCUCUGCGUGGGACAUCGCGUCACUGACGGUGGGUGAGCUGACGCUUGCUCACCAAAAGCAUCCUAAUGAUUCCCUCACGCUAUUCUGCAUUGGCCUGGCGUUCCUGUCCGCUUCAAUGCAGCGAACCAUUAACGACCGGCAGCACACUGUAGCAAAAGCUUUUGCCUUUCUUCAACAGUACGAGCGAACACGCAUCAGCGCCCCGAGUGACAUCCCUACAGAGCUUCGUCAAAUCGAGGCAUCAUACAACAUCGGUCGUGCUCACCAGCAAUUGGGAUUAUUUCAUUUAGCAAUUCCCAUGUACGAACGAGUGCUACGCUUUUUUGAAGAAAGCAAAAAACACAAGCGCGUGAUACCUUCAGAGUACUUGAUAUGUCGAGAAACAGCAUACAAUUUGUCUUUGAUCUACAAGCAAAGUGGUGCCAAUGAUUUGGCAAGAUAUCUGAUCGCGAAAUACCUUACGAUUGAAUAA